UGACGAGCCUGGGCGAUGGGAGGCAGCGCGGCGGGGCGGGGUGACGGCCGCGGCUCUAAAGGCCGGGGCUGGCGCUGGCCGAGGGCUGUUUGCCCCCGCCCGCCCCCGAGCAUGCAGUGCUUCCCCGGGCUGGUGCUGGCCCUGAGCUCGCUGCUGGGCGCCCUGGCGCUGCUGCAGCUCUCGCUGUACCUGCGGGUGCCGUCCCGCUACGGAAAGCACGAGGAGCGGCUGUGCCGGCCGCGGGGCCGGCUGCCUGCGCGCUGCGCCUGGUUCCUGCAGGAGCUUCCCUCCUUUCUGGUGCCCGCGCUGCUGCUGGCGCUGCGCAGCCCGCCCCGCCUCGAGCCGCUCGGCUGCCGCCUCCUCUGCUGCCUCUUCUGCUGGCAUUACUUCUACAGGACAUUUAUUUACCCUUUCUUCACUAGAGGCAGACCUUUCCCACUGCAAUUGCUUUUCUUUGGCAUGUUAUUCUGUAUCUAUAAUGGCUUCCUCCAGGGGUACUACCUGAUUUACUGUGCUGAAUAUCCAAACGACUGGUGCACCGACAUCAGAUUUACAUCAGGCCUCCUCUUAUUUCUUCUGGGAAUGGGAAUCAACAUUCACAGUGAUCUCCUGCUGCGCCAGCUGAGGAAACCUGGAGAAGUCACUUACAAGAUUCCUCAAGGGGGACUGUUUACCUAUGUUUCUGGAGCCAACUACUUUGGAGAAAUUGUGGAAUGGUUUGGUUUUGCCAUAGCAACCUGGUCCCUACCAGCCUUUGCCUUUGCCUUUUUCACUCUUUGCUGUAUUGGGCCACGGGCUUAUCACCAUCACAGGUACUAUCUCAAGACAUUUACGGACUAUCCAAAAUCAAGGAAAGCCUUGAUUCCUUUUGUUUUUUAAUGAUUGAAUUAUGGACUCUUUUUUUGGGUUUUGUAGGAAUUUUUUUUCAAUUCCUGGUUUUAAUGUUAGGUCUGACUACAAUUUUACAAAUGAUAAUCUGAGGUUGCAACAGAAAAGAAGGUAAUUUGGAAUGGAAAUUCUUGUGUUUAACUCCGGGGUAAAUUGCAGAUAGUUGUGGGCACAGGGACUUCCCAAACAACGUAUUUGCUUGUCGGUGGAGUUCUACCUAUGGAAAAUGAAUAUAUAACUACACUGACAUCACAGAAAAAACACUGGCUAAAUACUGAUGAAGAAAAGUAGAAUGUAAACCCAUUACUUUGGAGAAAGUCUUCAGCAGCCACUCCGGUUUAUAGCACUUCUGCAACUGCUUCUUCCUGCCUCCGUGCUGCAGUACACGUGCCCUCGCUCUGCCGGCAGUGCCCUACAUGUUGUCACACUUUAAACCAGUGCUGGGAUCUCAUUUGCCCGAAAAAUUACUCAGCCCAUUAUUUUUCAUCAAAAAGCCAGCUUAGCUCCCAGAAACAUAAUGUUACAAGAGAGUACUUGUGCUGGCACCAGGCUGGGAGCAGUAUGCCAUGGCACAGAGGUGAUGUUAAGUACACAGAGAUGGAAGCUGGCACUCACAAGCACAAUGUCUGUGUUCCUUCCUUAAGCAAUACUCUCCUCACUGUCAGAUGAUUAAUCUUCAGCCACCAGGGUUUGUUUUUUAAAUGUACUUCAUUAUAGCAAUUGCAGCUCCAUUAGGAUUUUUUUUUCUCUUGCAAAUCCAGAUCUCUUUUCAGAAUAAAAAUUUUUCCACUCAAAACCACUCAGUUGCUGUGUUGAGUGACUUGAGAGGGUUACUUGAGAUGCUGGUGUAUGACAAAAAUGACAACAAAUAAGAAGUUCUGUGUUAAAGAAAAUGUUCUCUGACACUGGCAGUACAUUAUGUCUACGGAAAACAUUUUCAGAUACACUUACUAGGAAAUGAUGCGGAGAUAUUACUGAAUUUUCACAAAAGCACAAAAUGUCUCUUCUUAAUUUCAGAAUACAGUAAGGAAUAUUAAAAAAAAUGUCAUUAACCGCCUUUAGGCAGAGAUGUCCUCAUGGAUGAUUUUAGUUAUCCUUCAGAGCAUAAAAUCCUGCUAAGAAUUAUGCUGAGCAGCUGAAAAUAAAAAAGAGCAGACUGCACACAUGAAACAUACUACCUGCUGCUGGAGUAACCUGAUUGACUGUAUGCAAUUUCCUCCAAAACACAAUAAAAUUUAUGUAAAACACA